AUGGACUCGACACCGCAACAAAACUAUGUGGGCAUACUCUCUAUUGGGGAUAUGGGCGCGGGUAUCGCGAAGCUUCUCAAGGCCCACGGGUUUGAUGUUGGCACCAGCGGACGUGGCAGAAGUCUAGCUACCAUACAGCGAGCUGAAAAAGCCAAGGUGGAAGUCCUAGCAUCCGAUAUUGAGCUUGUAGAGAAGCUUCGUCGGCCCCCAAGAGAUGCGCUAGAAACGGCGCGGCGAGUGGUGGACGCCUUACGCGAACUUGCCACCCGAGGUUCGCGGCCCAGUAGGCCCUUGUACUUCAUAGAUCUCAACGCCGUUGCGCCAUCAACGGUUCGAGGGAUAGCCCAACUCUUCACCUCGGUCCAGCACAGUGCUCGCUUCAUCGACGGCUCAAUCCUAGGAGAGCCCCCCGUCUUCGUCCCGACAAGCGACGUAGGGCUGCAGACCGUCACACCUCCGACGGCUGCGAGCGAUGUUGAGCACAACCCUGGUCGAUGGGUACAGCCCCGAAUCCCCAUUUCCGGUCCUCAUCACAUCACUGAUCUGCCCUAUCACGGGCAGAGGCUAUAUGCGGCGCUGAACAUGCGCUAUGUGGGCAGCGAAGUGGGAGCUGCCAGCGGACUGAAGAUGUGUUACACAACCAUGUUCAAGGGGUACAUCGCAGUUGCCGCACAAGGAUUUACCACAGCUGAGCGACUCGGCCUGCUCGACGUUCUCAAAGACGAGCUGCAGCUGCGUCUCCCAGAUCACUUGCGCCUAGCCGAGAGCGGUGUUAUUGUCACGCCUCCCAAAGCAUACCGCUGGGUAUUCGAGAUGGAGGAGAUAGCCCGAACUCACGCCGAAGAUGGUGGGUUUGCCCCCGGCCUAUUCCAGGGAGCUGCAGGAGUGUUUCGUGAUAUCGCGGAAGACAGCGUCCUCGGUGAAGAAAAGAUUGGGAGUAGAGUUCGAGGCACUACAAUGGAAGACUUUGCUUCCACGCUCGCAAGGGAUUUAGAACAUAGGGCAGCUUGUCGCCAGAUCUCCCCGGGAAAUGAUGAGAAUCAUUCAUAG